CAAAUGAAAGGAUAAAGCGACGGCUUUGCAACGUGGUAGUGCGGUUCAUUUUCCUUAUCGGUAUCGAGGCAACGUACGUGAGGAAUGGCUGGACACCGAGCCGCUUUACCCCACACAUACAUACAACAUGCCAGUGCUCGAGAUCUGGAAGCUCCAUAAAUUAAUUGUUGGACUCUGACUCUAGCAUGGGUCUGCUACACUCUCUUCACCUUCGGAUCACCUUGGACCCAAGGCGAAUCCGAUUGCAGAAAGUCUAGUCACAACUCUGCUGGCUGUCAUUGGUAGUUGCCGCCAAUUUUGGCCAUGGUCGAGGUUGCAUGCUGAUAAUGGACGACACGGGUUUGCCACGGCCCCUCCAUGCCUUUUAUGCGGCAGUCCCAAUGCUAUUACAAAGCCGGUGGCGACAAUGUGCCAGUGAAGGUGAUGGGAAGAUAUGCUUGGAGAGGAUACGUAGUACCUUGUUACUAAGUACCGGAAGUAGGAGCGUCGGUUAAGUUAGUGCAAAAGGGUAGGAUACCCAAAUCUAUCCAUCCAUCCAUCAAUCCACCUACCGGUACCCACCAAGACAUCCACACAUCCAAGUGUAUUAUCAAAAUGAAGAUGUUCUUUUGCAAUGGCAAGCCGUACUUUUCGAUUCUCAAGGUUUCCUUUCUGUGUAUAGUGGUGGCCAACUUUUUCAUUUUUCUGCAAACAGCACCAUCGUUUACUACUUGGAUCCAGCAGGAAGCAUUACAGGAAGAAUGGUACGAGUUUGUCAAGGAUUACCGACAAACGUUUCGACGGUCUCCUCCCGAGGGCAUGAGCCGUUGGUUCGAGUACGCGCAACGUCAUGAAUGCGAUACCCGUGGUGUGAAUUAUCAAGCACUGAAUGUGGAUCUCGAAUUCUUUCGACAACAGAAUCUGGAUCAAGGACACAAACUGGAUAUGGACCAAGUCAUUGAAAAAGGCAAACAGAUUACCGAUUUCUUCAUGGCAUUUUCAUUGGAACAUCACAAAUUGACUAUAGUGGAAUAUCAUGGCAAGGGAUGGGGGUUUGACUGGAAGCCCAUUCAAUGGAAGUACACGGAGCAUCUCAUGAGGGGAUUGUUGGAACCCCUUCGACAGCACACGCCUCCACUCACGCUCCAAUUCAUUGUCAACAUGCAUGACAAGGCACGAGAUGCCAGUGUCAAUGCUACCUAUCCUGUCUUGUCCUUUUGCAAGCAGGACUACUACACCAAUGACAAGAAAAUACCCAACCACAACAAUCAGACCACUGCUGGCAAAUCUCACUUGUUCAAUGCAACCUACAAUGAGGGCCCCCAUCCUAACGAACAUCCAUUCCUAGCCAGCCGUGAUUUGCUCAUCCCAGCACGUUCCAGUCUGGUCUUUCAUCGACAUGACUUUUGGUUCUGGCCCAUGUACAGUCACGGUCUCAACUUUGCCGAUCGCGACAAUGUCAUUAAUUGGAGAGGGAGUACCACGGGAGAGUGGGGCACAGGUCCUCGCUUUCAAAUGAUGCGACAAUACGGUGGCACACGGGUUCAUCCUCUCACGGACAAUGGUGUAUCGGUAGACUUUGCCUUUGCCAGUCAAAUACAAACUCCAGACGGAGAAGAAGGUUCAUUGAUGCAGGAUGGAUAUCGGUUUGCCAACAAGAUGUGGUACAGGGAACUCCAACAAAACAAGUACAUUUUAGAUGUCGAUGGGAAUGGUUUCACUGGCCGCUUUCCGGGUCUGCUUCGAUCGGGAUCUCUCAUUUUCAAAUCGAGUCAUUACCGAGAAUGGUACCAUGGAGUCAUGGAACCCUUCCAGCACUACAUUCCGGUCAAUUACGAUCUCAGUGAUUUGGUCGAAAAGGUGGCUUGGGCACAUGAUCACCCUGACGUUGUGCAACAGAUCGUCACGGCGAGUCGAAAGCGUGUCGAGACCCGACUACGACGUGACGAUAGCAAGUGCUAUACCUAUCGCAUGCUGCUCGAGUAUCAGACAUUGUUUGAAGAACAAAAACAACCAAAGCAGACACAAACGUAAAAAAGCAAUGCGUUUCAAACAGAUUGACCAAGAAGCCUUUGAACCGGUCGGUGCUUCUUCUCUACUAGCUAGAGAGCUUA